ACAUUCGAAUGAGAUAAAAAUGACCAAUAUAUGUGUCACAAAUGAGAUAAAAAUGAUGUAUUUAUGAUCAUUGAAAACGAGCAUUUAUCGACUAUCCAAUUAAUGAUCUAAAAAUGGCUCAUUAAUGGCUCAUUAAAGAACACUCACAUGAUCCAGAUAUUAUACAAGUGAGCAUCCCUUAUCAUUCAUGAAGACAUCGACUCUCAUGUUUUAUUCGUUUUUUAGAAAUCUAUCAAAAAUACUCUAUCACAAUUUCGUCAUACACAUCACGAUCAAUGGCAUGAACAUCGUGAAAAAUUUACAGAAGAUCAACUUGCCACCAUAGCGGAUGUAUUGAUAUCUCCGCAUAGAGAAAAAUGUUUCUCCGAUUUUGACAAUGAAAAAAUCGAUCUUGUCGGACCACCAAAUUUGAAUCGACAAACGAAUAUCGAGUUGUUUUUUGAGUGGUUACAUAAACAUAAUGUUGAUACGAGUAAAUUUGAACUUUGUUCAUUUGACAAUUAUGGACUGGGACCAAAAGCUACGCAGGAAUUGGAAAAUUAUACGUAUUUAUCGAAACUUCGUGAAUAUUUUUCAUACGAUAUGUACAGAUGGGCUGUUAGCGUCGCAUCAACGAGACAAAAUUAUACACUCGAUGAUAAUUGUCAGUUAUUGUUGUCCAUGAUACCUGUUAUGGACAUGAGCAAUCAUCAAAAUGGCACAACAUGUGUUCAUUACAAUACAAAAUUGAAACAAAUUGACUGCAAUACAAUGAAUGAUACUAGAAAUAAUGAACAAAUAUUUAUGUUUUAUGGAAAACGAACAAAUCUAGAAUAUCUUAUACAUAAUGGAUUUGUACCGAAUGAAAAUAAUCCAUAUGACACUUAUAUUUUAAAACUUGGUAUGUCUUCUCUCUUUUGAACAAUGGUUACAGAAUAGAAUCUGAUGUAGAGCAUAAGAAUGUAACGCUAACGUAUUCUAAGUACAAUUUAAUUCAAAUGUCUACGCUAAUAAUAUAUUUGUUGAUCGUUGUCGUUUCCAUUUUCAGAAAUUGCUGGUGCUAUCUGCUACUUUUGAUCUAUAAAGAUAUUGACGAUUUUUAAAAGUAGGGUAUGGUCUUUUCAUUCUUCCUGUUCUAUUAGUAUUAUUUAGAAAAAAAUUAUAACAAAACCUAAAAACUAACGACGGAACCUUCUCAGGUAUAACCCUCCUUUUCCAAUCCAACCCACAUGGAUCGAUUGCCUACUUAGUGGUAGUACAAAGCGUAAGAGGUUUUAAUCAGAAAGCUCUUCCUUCAAAAAUUCGAGUCGUUUUUCUGGACAACUACUUUUUCAGAAACUCUAAAAGAAUAACUAAAACCUGUUGAAACCAAAUUAACGGAUAUCCCAGGUGAAAUUGCAUAAAAUCUUGGUGUAUUCUUCUCUCAUUUCCUAUUUAUAAAAAUAAUUCCUUUAUAUACCAAACGAUAGACAAUUUAAUUCUCUACAAGAUUGUAUAUUUAUUUUUAACAUUCAUCUUUGAUGUUUGGCAUAGUAACUCUAACAAGAAAAGCUCCAAAUUUUUUAACUGCACUACGCAGUUUUAAAGUGUAAACUAUUUUCUUCUUUUAAUUGUUUAUAAUGAGUACAAGAAAAAUUGAAAUAAUUUUACUACUGUCAAGUGGUAAAGAAUUUCAUGAUUAACAAAAGAGUUUACUUCAAUUACUAGUGGCUUUGAUACAUAAACUUCCAAAUCCACCGAAGUUUCUAACGCUAAAAAAAGUUUUUUGACUAUUUCGGUAUAAAAUCCAAAGUUCAAAUCAUUAAUUUAUAGACCAAAAAAUGCAGAAUUUUGCGCUCUGUUAGACUGUGUAACUUCUACAGGCACACGCCUCCUCGUCUUCUGUUAUCAUUUGCAUCGGCUUAUAUUUAUUUUCUUACUUUCAGCUUUGAUCAAUUUCGUUGAGCCUAUAUUCAUGUUCUUCAACUUUGCAACGGCAGAGCAGAGAAGAUAAAAAUGUAAAUAACUAAAAUCUUUGACUUGUUAGGAUUUAAUUUAUUGUCUACUGAACAAAAACAACAAGAUUGUGAUUUAAUGCUGAAGAAGAAACGCAACUGUAAUACUAUAGUAUUUGACCUAUCUUCUUUGAGCACACAUUUUUCUCUACUCGCAACUUAAUAAACGUAGUUCAAACGCAGAAGCUGGAGGUGGUAUGGGAAGUAGUUCACGGUUUAGCGAGUAUUUUUCGAAUAUAUAUAUAUGUGUUUCAAAGGUCAGGCUUUGCUUUUUUUCUAGAGAAGCGACGCGCAACAUUUUUACAUAUAAUAACAGAAAAUACAAUCUCCUUUGCAGAAUAAACGACCAAUUUCUCUGAUAAUUUCUCAUGUUUAUUCAGAAUUAUGAUCAACUUUUGAUCACUUAAAAUAAAAAAAAACGCUAUCACAACGGAAAAUUACAAAGUUUUAUUACCUUUUGAAACCGCGUUGUAUGUCUAUAGGUUCAAUUGGAUAA